ACUUCCAACUCCAUCAGAGGUUGGACGUCAGCAUUCCAGUUGGCAUCCAGCAUUGUGUGGGAAUCGUAGCAGAUGCUGACACACCUCCCUGGCCUUGAGCACCCACCCCCCGUUGGGUCCAUAAAGAGGCAAGCAGGGGGUUCCGGGCGAGACUCUUGAGUUCUACUGUCACGAUGAGGGUCUUGCUCGUGUUGGCCGCGCUGCUCGUUGCCGCGCUGGGCAAGGAGACGUUUGAGGGACAUCAGGUUCUCCGUAUGGUGGCCAAGGAUGAAGCACAGCUGUCUCUUCUGACGCAAUUGGAGGACAUUGAGGAGUAUGGGCUGGACUUCUGGAAGGAGGCGAGAGAUUUGGACAGUUAUGUGGACGUCAGAGUUCCGCUCGAGAGUCUGGAGGCCGUCAAACUUUUCCUGGAGAGCAACAAUAUUGAAUGGUCCAUCAUGAUUGAAGACCUGCAGGUGGUCCUGGACGAGGAGCAAGAAGAGAUGGACGCCUCGGCCCGUAAGGCAGAGCCCAGAAACACCGAUAGCUUCGAUUUCUCCAGAUACCACACCCUCAGCGAGCUGUACAGAUUCCAGGACAUGCUGGUGGCCGAGAAUCCCAAACUUGUCAGUAAACUGGUGAUUGGUCAAAGCUACGAGCGGCGUCCGCUCAAUGUGCUCAAGUUCAGCACUGGUGGAAACAAUCGUCCCGCCAUCUGGAUCGACACUGGCAUCCACUCUCGUGAAUGGGUCACUCAGGCUAGCGGCACCUGGUUCGCCAAGAAGAUCGUCACCGACUACGGCCGCGAUCCCGCCCUCACCGCCAUCCUCGACAAGAUGGACAUCUUCCUGGAGAUGGUCACCAACCCCGAUGGCUAUUACUACACGCACACUAGGAACCGUAUGUGGCGUAAGACUAGGAAGCCCAAUCCUGGUACUUCUUGCGUGGGAGUGGAUCCUAACAGAAACUGGGAUGCUGGUUUUGGAGGCCCUGGUGCGAGUGGCAGUCCCUGCUCGGAGACGUACCGCGGGCCGCGGGCGCAUUCCGAGUCGGAAGUCAGCUCCAUUGUGAACUUCGUCAAGUCUCACGGCAACAUCAAGUCCUUCGUGUCCAUCCACUCGUACUCGCAGAUGCUUCUCUAUCCCUACGGGUAUACCAGGACGCCUGUCAAGGACCAGGCGGAGCUGCACGCUGUGGCCAGAAAGGCCAUCACCGACCUGGCCUCUCUUUACGGCACUCGUUACCGAUACGGAAGCAUCAUUAACGUCAUCUACCAGGCCAGCGGCGGAACCAUCGACUGGACCUACAAUCAGGGCAUCAAGUAUUCGUUCACUUUCGAACUGCGCGACACCGGACGCUAUGGCUUCGCGCUGCCUGCCAACCAGAUAAUCCCCACCGCCAGGGAGACGUGGCUGGCCCUCAUGGCCAUCAUGGACCACACCCUCAAGAACCCCUAUUAAGGCAAAGGUCGCCCUCUACUGGAAGAUCAUUAAUACCAAUAAAGCAACAGUCAGAAAACAAAAAGCA